AUAGCUGGUGGCCUUCUGACCAUCCACGUGGCACAGCCCAAGAUUUAGAGGGACAAAAUGAAUAACGGAUAACCGCCGAGGUUCUGAAACUUGAAUAAUCUUUCAACGCUCUAUUCUCCUACAUACUUUUGUAAAUACGUUUGUUCCACCCUUCUGUGAAGAUGCUUUAAUUGCAAAAUCAAUCUGGGUUCGCAACAGAUCCAAUUGAGAGAUUGGACAACCAUGCCUUUUUGCACUACUACUUGUUUAACCACAACCCGCAGCUGCUCUUGGAUGCUGACUAGCUUCUGUGAUUCUCCCAAGAUUUUACCUGCCAAAUCAAGUAGCUUGAAGGGCAAUAGAUUUUGCACAAGGACUUUUGCGCGGCAGAAAUCGGUGAAAAAGCUGAGGAGGGAUGUGCAAUCACCAAAUAGGAUGGCGUUGAAGUCUACCCGUAAGAGUUUAGAAGAUGAGAACAAGAUCUUAUCCGAUGGGUCUUCUUUAGAGAGUAACAAUAAUGUCGAGGUUAUGCAGAAUUCACUCAACUUCCCUUCUAGAAGUGCUGUUCUUCAGGCGUGCACUGUCACAUCUGGAGCGAUAGCUGCCUUAGGUAUAUUAAUUCGACAGGUAUCUCAUGUUGCAUCAGUGGAAGGAUUGCCUAUCCUUGACUGCUCUACAGAAGUUUCAUUUGGUACUGAGAUGUGGCAUCUUGAGUUGAUUACAGGAUUGGUUAUGCUGAUAUCUUUAUGCCGAUACUUCCUACUGAAGACAUGGCCAGAUUUUGCUGAAUCUACAGAAGCUGCCAAUCAGCAGGUCCUUACAUCACUUCAACCUUUGGAUUACGUAGUAGUUUCAUUUUUGCCUGGGAUUAGUGAGGAGUUGCUUUUCCGUGGGGCUUUGCUUCCACUUUUUGGAAUGGAUUCGAAGAGUGCCUUGCUAGUUGCUGUCGUAUUUGGUGUUCUACACUUGGGGGGCGGUAGAAAGUACUCCUUUGCCGUCUGGGCAACCUUUGUUGGACUAGCGUAUGGCUAUGCUACCAUUGUGUCUUCAAGCGUCAUUGUACCAAUGGCAUCUCAUGCAUUGAACAAUCUGGUUGGAGGGAUAUUGUGGAGCAGCACAUCGAAGUUGUCAAAGACAGUAGAGUAGGUAUCAGAAUCAGAUGGUUAUUAUCUACACGAUUCAGCAAAAAAUAGACGAUUGAUUGGUAUUUUAUUACAAUCAAAUAUGAUAUAUUGAAAGCAUUACAACAUGUAUGAGAACUUGUACAGAAAUAGAGCAGAACAUGGCAUCACCAGUUACAGUUCCGGGCAUCGAAUCAACCUUUUCAUCUCUACUGGUCUUCUUUGCAUGCUUUGUGCAAUUCUUAUCCGUCUUAGAUGCUGUAAAUAAGUAAAUAUAGAGGGAUGUGACAUAAUUUGAUUUUGUCGUCUGAGGAAUGUUCACAAACUCUCUGCUUCCUAGAGUCUUUAUUGUUAAACAUGCUCAGAGAAAAUUUAUUUCCAUAAGAAAAUUUAUUUCCGUAAGGAAUCAUCAAAUGAACAUAAACCUUUAUGCAUACUGGGAAUGCAAUUACUAUAAUCAAAAGUGAUGACCGCUGGAUUCCUUCACCCCAGGCCAGGGGCUCGACCACAGCCCAAGGCCCAUGACGUAGAGGCCCACGCACCUGAUAUAC